AUGAGUGAUAGUGUCGAGGAGAUCAACCCAACUGCAACUCAGCUGCCUGGCCAACACUCUCGGAGAUGCUCGAUCUGCGAGAAGACCUUCAGCCGACUCGAGCAUCUAAAGCGACAUGCUCUCGUUCAUGACAAGACGCGCCAAUUUGAAUGUGGAACCUGCCACAAGAGCUUCGUGAGAAGAGACACGCUUCAAAGGCACGAAACGGUGCAUCAGCAGACGCAGUCACCACAAGCCAAGUGCACCAGGGCGUGCUCGGCAUGCGUGGUGGCAAAGACUCGCUGCUCUGGAGGAAUACCUUGUUGCCGCUGUUCGGCUCGGGAGCAGCCAUGCACUUAUCCAACGUCAGCAACCCCAGCUGGCAACUCGGAGAGAUAUUCUCAGCAGUCUAUUGAUCUAGUAUCGACAAAGGAUCCGCAUACCGACAACAGGAGAAUGCGUGAUACCGAGAGGACUUCGCCAUCCGGUAACUUUGACACUGCCAUGGAAGGUGGUAUUGCGAGCGUUGCAGCGGCGCCGUGGAAUGGCCAGAAUCAUUUUGCACUUCUGGGUGCUGAACCUGGAUCACGGGAACUGAGCCAACAGGAACCUUCUUACGGGGGUGCUGCAUUGCAAACCCCACAAUAUCAAGCCGGUCCCUUCGAUAGCAUUGAUCCAAAUUACUGGAUGACAGGCGCGUCUUCCACCAUCAACUGGUUGAUGGAUGAUUAUUCUGCACUCGACUUCGACUAUGGCUCUACUUCAGGCGGGACUACCCACGAUUACUGGCCCGAUAUAGGCGCAUUUCAGCUCAACACUCUGCAAACACAACCACAUGAGGACCUGACAUCCCCCAUCGGCCAUGACUCACUUGCAGACCUGGACGCCCCCGGAGUCUCCUCAACCAGUCCCGCAAGCCUGUCAGUCACUGACCAACCAUCAGAGCCAGGAGAAUUUUACGUAGAUGGAGCUGCCGCCAGAUUGCCACGUGUCAAACGCCGCAAAUUAAAUCCUGUCAGAGUCACCCCCAAAACAGCCAGUUUCGCGGCCGCCUCGUUCAGUCUCGCUUACGAAUGGCCGGCUACCGGAUGCGGAGCAUCGCAGGAAUAUUUCUCAGGUGAAGAUUAUGAUUGUUUGCUCUCGGCAUUUAAAAGUCUCUGUCUGGAUGUGAAAGGUUCUUCCGCUUCCGCGACUCAGAACCAUGGCAUAACUCCCAUAUCUGGGAACGUCGAUCACGGGAAUCAGCCAUUGCCAUCAUCCCAUCUGGCAUUUACUCCUGACACACCCCCGAAAUCAUUCUUCGACGAGUUGGUGAAGCUUUAUUUUGACAACUUCCACCCUCUGCUCCCUAUAUUGCACGUGAGUCCCAGCGACCCGCGAAAAUGGGAAACCUUGCUGGCUGCUGGUGCGCUUGGUAGCCACUACCUGCAAGGCUCUGACUCUCUUACCAUCUCACUGCACGAAUUCACUAGGAGGGUACUUCAAAACCUGGAAGAAGUAGCGAUUUCGUCUUCGCACCGCAGCAUCGAAUUAUAUCAGAUGAAGCUUUUGCACUGUAUCGGCUGCCUUUACUCUGGAGACGAACGUUUGCACAGUCAUGGGUCUAAGCUCCGGCUUGAUUCGGCCAAUUCCUGCCCGGACAUCCUCGAACACAGUGAAGUGGCAGACUCGAGGGAUAUCGAAUCUAGGUGGACGGACUGGAGACGGGAUGAGUCCCAACGCCGUUUGUCUUACUCGAUAUGGCUGUUGGACACCAUGAGCAAGGUCCAUUUUGGACAAAGACCGAUACCAAACUCUGAGAGCACAAGACUCCGACUUCCGGCGCAUGAGCAAGUGUGGGCCGCCGCCACGGCCAGGGAAUGGGCUGAAGUAUCUCGCAGAUACUCACCCGCCCCAACUCUUGCGAACGCCUUGGAGCAAUUAUAUAUCGACAAGAAGCUGCUAUCUGAUCUGGGAGAAUUCAGCCGCAUCUUGCUCAUCCAUGGUAUAUUUCGUCGGACCUGGGAAAUUGAAGCGUAUCUUGAGGAACCACUGUCGCAUUGGACACCAACCGCGGAGAAACGCUCUCCUGAAGAAGCAAGGUCACGAUCACCAAUCUGGCUCCCUUCGGUGUCAACCUACGCUCGCUGGCGAAAUUCUGCCUGUGAUUGCCUCGAUAUCCUCCAUUGGAGUGCCAAUGCUACCAUCGGGUUGCAGUCAGGCCUCGAACAUCCGACUGUGAUGCACCUGCACUUCGCAAGAGUCGUGUUACUCAGUCCAUACAAGAACAUUGUGAGAUUCGCCGAGCACUUGUCAGGAGAAUCGCGCUCUUCAUCCGGGGAAAGCAUUGUAAUGGACAAGCAAAUGAUACGCCGCUGGGUGAAUCUCGACCAGUACAAAGCCCGACUGGCCAUGAUCCAUGCAGGCGUACUGUUUUGGCACAUUCGAAGGUUCUCUGCGAACGGAUUUUACGAACCCUCCUCUGUCGGUCUGACUGCACUGGCCUUGUGGGCGUUCAGCGCCUUUUCGACCUCUUCGAAAGAAAGCGAGCCAUCGUCGCACUCAGGCCGUGACGAGUUUACAGGAAUUGACCAACGUACAGACGAGACCGAGGAAGCCGUCUGUGAUAUCAUCCUCAUAGACAGACCAACGGAUGACGAACUCGUGCAGCAGUUUGUGCGUCGAGGCAACACCAUGAAGCCGAUCAUGAACGGUGUGGGUGACCUGUACGGUCCUCGUGCACCUGAGAAGGUGCUGAUCGAGGGGCGAAGGCUGCUAGCCACAUCGUCCACGUGGGGAGUCCGGGACAGGUGGAUCCGGAUUCUGGACAAGUUGGCGAGCGUUAGCCGUCAGCGGCAAAUACGGACUCAGGGAUGA